AUGGUCAACUUCACGAUCGAAGAGGUUCGCGCCUUGAUGGACAAAUCCACUAACGUCCGCAAUAUGUCUGUCAUUGCUCACGUUGACCACGGAAAGUCCACUCUAACAGAUUCGCUAUUAUCUAAAGCAGGUAUUAUAUCUGCUGCAAAAGCCGGGGAUGCACGAGCAACGGAUACUCGUGCUGAUGAGCAGGAACGUGGUAUUACAAUUAAAUCUACUGCUAUUUCUCUAUAUGGAAAUAUGCCUGAAGAUGAUGACAUGAAAGAGUUAACGCAAAAAACAAAUGGACGUGACUUUUUGAUAAACCUAAUUGACUCACCCGGUCACGUUGACUUUUCUUCUGAAGUCACUGCCGCUCUUCGAGUGACUGACGGUGCACUGGUUGUUGUCGACACUGUAGAAGGUGUUUGUGUUCAAACCGAAACCGUUCUCCGACAAGCUUUAGCUGAAAGAAUAAAACCUGUUGUCGUCAUCAACAAAGUCGAUCGUGCUCUUCUAGAGCUGCAAGUAAGCAAAGAAGAUCUGUACCAGAGCUUUUCGAGGACAAUUGAAUCUGUCAACGUGGUUAUUUCGACAUAUUUCGACAAGACUCUUGGAGAUGUACAGGUCUUCCCUGAGAAGGGAACUGUAGCAUUUGCAUCUGGUCUUCAUGGCUGGGCUUUUACCAUAAGACAGUUUGCUCAUCGAUAUGCAAAAAAGUUUGGUGUAGAUAAACAAAAGAUGAUGGAACGUCUAUGGGGAGACAACUUUUUCAAUCCAAAAACCAAGAAAUGGACAAAAAACGGAACACAUGAAGGAAAAGAGUUAGAGCGUUCCUUCAAUCAAUUCAUUUUGGAUCCAAUAUUUAAAAUUUUUUCUGCCGUUAUGAACGUCCAGAAAGAUGAAAUAGCAAAUGUUCUCGAAAAACUUAGCAUUAAGCUGUCGCAGGAAGAUAGAGAAAAAGAAGGAAAGCAACUCUUGAAAGUCGUCAUGCGAACAUUCUUACCUGCUUCCGAUGCGCUCAUGGAGAUGAUGAUUUUGCAUUUGCCCUCUCCGGUUACUGCUCAAAAAUAUCGUGCUGAGACUUUAUAUGAAGGACCUCCGGAUGAUGAAGCAUGUAUAGGUAUUCGUGACUGUGAUCCUAAAGCACCGCUCAUGCUUUACAUAUCCAAGAUGGUCCCUACAUCUGAUAAGGGUCGCUUUUACGCAUUUGGCCGUGUUUUCUCUGGAACAGUCAAGUCUGGUCUCAAAGUCCGAAUCCAGGGCCCUAACUAUACACCAGGGAAAAAAGAGGAUCUAUUUAUUAAGGCAAUCCAGCGAACAGUCUUAAUGAUGGGCGGGAAGGUCGAUCCUAUUGACGACGUCCCAGCAGGCAACAUUCUCGGCUUAGUUGGUAUCGAUCAAUUUUUGUUGAAAUCUGGUACUAUAACCACAAGUGAAACGGCGCAUAAUCUAAAAGUCAUGAAGUUCUCUGUCUCUCCCGUCGUUCAGAGAUCUGUCGAAGUAAAGAACGCGCAAGAUCUACCAAAACUUGUCGAAGGUCUAAAGCGUCUCUCAAAAUCUGAUCCAUGUGUAUUGACAUUCAUCUCUGAUUCUGGACAACAUAUUGUCGCUGGUGCAGGCGAGUUACAUCUGGAAAUUUGUCUGAAAGACCUCGAAGACGACCACGCUGGCGUACCGUUGCGAAUCUCAGACCCAGUUGUUUCCUUCCGUGAGACCGUCCGAUCAACAUCCCGGAUGACUGCACUAUCGAAAUCUCCAAACAAGCAUAACCGGCUGUACAUGGUAGCUGAGCCACUAGCUGAGGAGGUGUCCCUUGCCAUUGAAGCUGGUAAGAUAACCCCUCGCGAUGAUGUCAAGACACGUGCCCGCCUUUUGGCGGAUGACUUUGGAUGGGAUGUUACAGACGCUCGCAAGAUUUGGUGCUUCGGACCGGAUACCAACGGUCCAAAUUUGUUGGUUGAUCAGACAAAGGCUGUACAAUACCUAAACGAAAUUAAGGAUUCAGUUGCAUCAGGAUUUCAAUGGGCUAUGAAAGAAGGACCAGUCACAGAAGAGCCAAUGCGAUCUUGUAGAUUCAACAUUAUGGAUGUUACACUUCACGCCGACGCAAUUCAUCGCGGUGGCGGACAGAUCAUCCCAACUGCUCGUCGUGUACUAUAUGCAUCUGUUCUAUUGGCAGAACCGGCGCUGCAAGAACCAGUCUUCUUGGUCGAAAUUCAGGUUCCCGAAAAUGCUCUGGGAGGUGUGUACAGCACGCUCAAUAUCAGAAGAGGGCAGGUGUUUUCUGAAGAGCAACGCCCGGGGACCCCCCUAUUUAAUGUUAAGGCCUACCUUCCGGUCUUGGAAUCCUUUGGAUUCAACGGAGUCCUUCGUGCGAACACUGCCGGCCAAGCUUUUCCACAGUCAGUUUUCGACCAUUGGGAAUCUAUGCCUGGGUCAACUUUAGACACCGAGGGUAAGCUUUCUGCCGUCAUUGCUGAUGUACGUAAACGAAAGGGUCUAAAAGUACAACUUCCUGCAUACGAAGACGUGAGUUAUUAUUCCAUAUUAAUUGAUUGA